UGUCAGAUGCCACUUCAUCCUAUCACUCCGAACAGCCUGCUUGAAUCAGUGUGCUGGUCAGUAUCAGAGCCUACUUUCUCGGCCAGCAUCUUCACAGAAUCCUCUGAGAUUGAUGACGCUAAUUCAGUUUUUUAUGAUGCUCGAGGGGAUGGAAGGGAUUCUGAAGCAUCAAUUGAAUCCUGUUCUCGUGUGUUAAGAGAAAGUGAGAGAAGUGAGGUGAUAUUUAGGAAUCAUUUCCUUACUAUACUAUUCCCGGUUGAUCGGUUUGGUGAGCUUGGGCCUUCUUCAAGAGCCUUCUUCAGUGAUGGUGGCUUUACUCGCCUACAAGUUUUGGAUCACAUUUACAACUUCUAUCAG